CGCACAUGCGAUCAGCUGAGCAGCGUUUGACUCUCAGAUGAAAGCAGGCUGAGCUGUGUUCAGACGCGUCCGCACACUCUGUCUUUGGACAAUCCAGCAGAGUUUGAUCUGUUUUGUAAUCGUUUUAUCAAGUGGCUCGUGUCUUGGCUUUGUUCGCUGGACGGGAUGUUGGAGAUGGUCUCUUCGCAAAAAUGAACACAGACUACACCAAGCCUUCUCUUGCUCCAAAGCCAAGAUUUGUUUGUCACGCCAGCCUGAAGCUCCCCUCCCCUAUUACGUCUGCUGCCAGGGGUCCUAAACCUUUUAUAGCCCCAAAACCUAAAAUCACAUCACUAUUAAAUGGGAACCAGGGAGAGUUCAGUAAUGGUAGUGUAAUAACUUCAGAUGAAGAGGUUGAUGAAGAUCAUGAAAGACAGAAUUGUCAAAAUAGAGUGAUUAUAGACAUAUUACCUGCAGAGAAACAAUUUGUCGACAGCAUCUGCAAAUCCCCACGAAAAGCUAUACAAACUGUGUCAAAGAAGCAGCUGGACAGAGAAGUAAAAGAGGAGGAAAAUGACGAAGAAGAAGAUGCUAUUCAGAAAACGGAUGAUGAUUGGAGGUUAACUGACAGUGCCCUAACAGAGGAAACGGACUCCCUGGAAACACUUUGGGUCAGUGAUUCCAGACUCACAGCUGACUCGGUGGAAGUGGAGGAGAUGAUUGACACAGAUGUGACGGAGGACAUGGAUGCUGAGGGCUGUGAUGCAGGCGAGGCGCUGGCUGACACAGAUGGUCUCUCAGUGGGAAACAUUUCUGUUAAUAGCACUGAUGAACAAGAACGCCGCUAUUCUGCUGAUAGUUGUGAUGCGAAACAGGAAAAGCUUCAGAUCAAUGAGGAUGGAAGUACAGCAGAUGAUUUGUCUGAAUCCCUCAUAGAUGAGCCUGGCCUCCUUGUCACAGACAACAUGACUGACACAGAAGCUAAGCAUGCUUUUCUAAUGGAAGAGAAAAUAGAAGAGUCGGGUCCUGAUUGUGGUUUCUCUUAUAACAUCCUGAAAUGUAGCCAUAAGAUAAAAGAAAGGGGUGGAAAAUGGCAGAAUAUUUGCUUUUACAACCUCAUUCCUGGCAGUGAUGAAGAGGUUUGUGAUACAACAAGUAAACAUGCUGCCUUAGAGGGACAUCGUGUCCACGAGCCUUUGUACAUCUGUUCAGAAGACAUUAUUAACCAAGGGAUGAGGCUAGACAGUAAACUCUCAAAAAAUAGUUUUUAUCCUAUAAAUAAAAGUGGACUACUGGGCAGGAAAUAUGAGGAAAGAGAAGAAAAUGGAAAAAUACAGGAUUGCCUGAAUGUGGGUGAGUAUGGCAACAACAGUGGUAAUAAGAACAGAGAAAAGAUAUGUCAAAAAUUUCCAUUUAUCCAAAACAAAGAGGACAAGGCUAAUGAACAGGAAGACAUGUUGAACCAUUUGGACUGCCAGCUGAGAUUCAGGCAGGUACCAACAGACAUGGACACUUCACUGACUUCUUCUUUCUCAGACAGCCAGUUGCUGUCCCCAAACGACUCUGAUGUCUUCAGAGAUGAGGACGACCUGGAGGGUCACAUUGUGCCCUUUCUAGAUGAGACUACUGACACAGAGCAGGACAUCAGUGAUGAGCAUGUUUAUGAGGAACCAAGGCAAAGUUCGGAGACUAAGAAUGUUUUUCCUUUUGAUACAAAGGCCACAGGCAUUCGAUCACACUCUUUGUCACACAGAAUUACCAAUAAUGUGGAGGAUAUGGGAGUGCAGUUUUUUCAGAAAACCUACGUGAGUGGAUUUGGACAACCUGCACUAAGCAGCAGCCCCAUGUUAAGCUCAACGCGGCACAAGAGCUAUUCAAAACCCCAGUAUUUGUCUCUGUACCCCCGUUCCUUAUCAAUGGAGGGGAAGGACACCCAUAUGUGUGUCUACAGGGAUGGCUCUCAGAGACACAGAGAUGCAGUUUAUUCAUCUGAAAGCUUCUCCAGGGGCUCACCUCUGUCAUCCAGUGCCCUAUCCACACCUACAUCUCUGGUGGAUAUUCCUCCCCCUUUUGAGCUGGCCUACAUCACAAAGAAGCCCAUCACAAAGAGUUCUCCCUCACUUCUGACUGGGGGAGACUCUUCAGAGAAAAACAAGAAAAAGAAAUCCUCCUUAAAGCGUUUCCUGAUGCUUAAAUUUGGGUGGAAAACAGAAAACAAACCUGUAGAUGUCAAGUCAUCCUCUUCUAAGACUUCAGCUGGGUACAGCCACCGUAUGCCCAGCAGACUGCUUGAUUUAGAUAGACACAGCAUUAGCAGUUCUCCACGGUUAAGCUCACGCUCGGCUAGCAGGCCUCAAGUUUCACCUGAGCCAGCCUCCACCUUCUUGUUCUAUGAAGAGAGCAAAAGGAAAGGAAACUCUGUGGCUUUCCUCAAUCGCAGUGUUGUCCGUGUAGAGUCCUUUGAGGAUCGCUCCCGUGUGCCUUUUAUACCGCUUCCUCUGACAAAGCCUCGCUCAAUCUCCUUCCCCAACACAGAUACCUCUGACUAUGAGAAUGUUCCGGCCAUCAGCUCAGACUACGAAAACGUUCAAGUGCCACAGCGGAGGCCUGUUCGACAGGUACCACGCAAAGACUUCUUUGACCGUUCUGGUCGAGUCCUGUCUGCAGCCAAUGAGACUGAUGGUUAUGUGGACAUGAGCAGCCUCCCUGGGUUUGAAAAGAUAACUCAGUCACCUGAGCAGGAAACAGAAAGUGCCUAUACAGAAGCCUACAACGUGUGCUCUGUGGCUAUUGGUCCACAAUCUGCUUCAGUGGGGAAUGGCCAUGGAGAGAAGGUAGCUGAGGAAGACCAGGGACGCAUCUCUGAGGAGGAAGAUGGAGGGAUAGACAACAACUAUGACAGACUGCCUGAUGGUCGAUCCAGAGCCUUUUACAUUGUGAAAGAGUUGGUUGAUACAGAGAGGCUACAUGUGAAGGCCCUGAAGCUGCUCCAGGAGGACUUUCGGGAAGCAGUGGGUUCAGCAGUGGGCGACGAGGGGCAGCCUGUGUUGGAUGAUGAGCGACUUCGAGAGAUUCUCAACGAGCUGCCUGAUGUUUACAGUCUGCACCGCAAAAUCCUCAAUGAGCUGGAGAAUCGAAUCCGACACUGGGAGGAGAGUCAAAAGAUUGCAGACAUAUUCCUAUGCAGGAAAGCAGAGUUCUUGGUCUUCACCACUUACAUUGGACACUACAAUCGGAGCAUGACCUUACUGGAGGACAGCUGCCGAACCUCACCUUCCUUUGCAUCCAUUGUUCAAAAGUUUGAGGAGCAUAGUCCAGCAGGGAAGAAAGCGUCUUUAAAACAUCAGCUUCUGCAGGUCAUUGUCCGUGUGGCGCAGUAUCGCAUGCUCCUCACAGAUUAUCUGAACAACCUCUCCCCUGAUUCCAAGGAAUAUGAAGACACCCAAGCUGCUGUAGCCAUUGUGUCUGACAUUGCAGAUCAAGUCAACGACAGUAUAAAACACGGGGAGAACUUGUUGCGUCUGAUCAACAUAGCAUACAGUGUUCGUGGCCAGCAGGACCUGCUUCAUCCUGACAGGGUUUUUGUAAAGGAGGGCAACCUGAUGAAGGUCAGCAGGAAGAGUCACCAACCCCGCCAUCUGUUUUUGAUGAACGACAUGCUGCUGUACACCUACCCUCAGCAAGAUGGGAAAUAUAGACUGAAAAACACUUUGCCACUCACUGAACUGAAGGUCAGUAAACCCAUCAUAGAAAAUGUCCAAAAUGCACUGAAAAUAGAGGCAACAGACAUCUCCAUUAUUCUGUCUGCCAGUUCUUUCCUUGAAAGGGAGGACUGGUUUUACACACUUAACCGUGCUGUAACUGAACACACAAGAGGCUCUGCAGCCUUCAAUAGCUGCUUGGGAGAGGCCAGAGAUUGUCUUAGGUUGUCUCUGGGAGAAAAGGCUCCCACUCUUGUUCCUGUCUCACAAGUGAUGAUGUGCAUGAACUGCACUACAGAUUUCAGCCUCACUCUUCGCAGACACCACUGCCAUGGCUGCGGCAGAAUUGUUUGUCGAAGCUGCUCCAGGAACCGAUAUCCACUUAAGUAUAUGAAAGGUCGCAUGGCCAAAGUGUGCGAUCACUGUUACGGUGAACUAAAGAAGAGGGGAAGUGAUGUGCCUGGUCUUUCAGGCAAAGACAGCCCACGAGUGAACCGCUCCAGUCGUCCACUAUCUACUGUGUUCCAAAACAUUCAUCCUCCCAAUAUUUGGCGACAUCGAAAAGGCACUGCCACCUUCACUCAGGUGACAGUAUCAGAGGAAGGCUCCAUCAGUGGCAGUCUACAGCGAAGCAAGAAGAGCAAACGGAACUGGAAGAGACUAUGGUUCCUUCUAAAAGACAAGGUGCUUUACACCUACCGAGCCCAAGAGGAAAAGGUAGCAUCAGAGAGUUUACCACUACUGGGUUUCACAGUGAAGCUCCCUGACAGGCAGGGGGGAGAUGAUGAGGACAACGUAUUCCAGCUUUACCACAAAAACACUCUGUAUUACAGUUUUAAAGCUGAGGAUAACUUCACAGCCCAGAGGUGGGUAAAUGCCAUGGAGGAAGCCACCAAUUUAUAGAACCAGCCCCAUGUUGCCUCUCUGUUCUUAUAAAGCCCCCGCCCCCCAAAAAGAAAGAUGACUGUGAAACCAACUGUAAAGACAGAGAAGAAACAUUCUCCAUUAUUCCUGCAUGCUGUAACUUGCCCAGCUGGACUAAAAAGAGAAGAAGACGUUUUGUUCUUUGGGAGCGGACACGAUUACCUACUUUGUCAACCGCCAAGGUCCCCCGCCUGAUCUUACAGCAGGUGCAAUGCUGAGAGCUACGACAGGCGCUGGCCCAGAUACCUGCCAGGGUGGAACAGUACAUGAAAAUGACCUGUAAUUCCCUCAAUGACUGAUCAGUAAUAUUCCUCCCAUUCAGCUGACAGAUCAUCAUCACAUUUUGGAAAAUUAAUUUGCUUUAUGUUUUUAAUGUUUUGGAUGUUUUAAGUAUGUUAACCUGUUCUAAAAAAAAAAAAAAAAAAAAAUACAUUUUCACUCAUUUAGUUGUUGUUGAUACUGCGGCAGAAAAAAAGCAUCUAUGAACGAAUGCCUUCUCUCAUACAUUUCCAUCUGGAAUGGCCUUAUCUAUUGUUUGAAUUAAUCCUGCCUUAAUUUUAACAUGUGCCCGUUGGCUGAAUAACAGCAUCUCCAUGACUGAGAUUUAAAAGCACAGACUCUAACAAAGAAUAAUUUAACAAAUGUAUAAAAGAGUCUGUUGCUUUGUUGUGUAAUGUCUUGCUGGAGAUGCUUCUUCCAGUGAUUCAAUACUUUUUUUUGCUUUUUGCACUGAUUUAAAAAAGAAGCAUGAACAGAAAAAGAAAUGAGUGUACUUUAUCAGAGAGGCCAAAAGCUUCAGCUACUGCACUUAGUUUACUUGCUACUGGGAAAUAUGGACAUUUUUAUUUUAAACCCUGACCUAAGUGCAAUGUAAAUUCAUUUUUGUGUAAAUACUCAUCCAUCUGUGCACAGAAAGGUUGAGUUAGAUUCAAAUAUAUGAAACUGAAACAUCCGUUUCAUCUUGAUUGCACAUGAUGCACAGCUACAUAAAAGUGUCUUGGACUUUGUACUGUAUUUAAUGAUUUCUGAAGUUUAUCUACAGUUUUAAAAGGAAGUAAAAGAGGCUACAAUGAAUGAUACAGCCUGUCAGUGUUUUAAUUCCCCUCGUGUCCUCUAGAUGGCAGGUGGAUUAAACGUUCAAGUACAGUGGGCUUUAAGCCACUUCCUGUCUCUGUGUCCUUGUUGAUGGAGUGCUGCAAAUAAAACAAACCUCUUUGUGCUCCA